GGAACUAGUCCCGCGCAGGACGUGGGGCUUUUAUAGCCCAGCUGGUUCCGGCUGGGGAAGAUGGCGGUGGCAGGGGUGGCGUCUGGGGAUCCGCUGGUGCACUGGUGCACCGAGCAGUUGCGGAAAACUUUCGGCCUGGAUGUCAGCGAGGAGAUCAUGCAGUAUGUUUUGUCAAUUGAAAGUGCUGAAGAGAUACGAGAAUAUGUUACUGAUCUCCUCCAGGGAAAUGAAGGCCAAAAAGGCCAAUUCAUCGAAGAACUUGUAACCAAAUGGCAAAAGAAUGAUCAGGAGUUGAUUUCUGAUCCUUUGCAACAGUGCUUAAAAAAAGAUGAAAUUUUAGAUGGACAGAGAUCUGGAGACCAGCUAAAGCGUGGUAGGCGGAAAGGGAGAAACAGACAAGAUGUUUCUGCAUUUGCUGAACCUGAUACAACUAUAGAGGUCAAAACACCUUUUGAUUUGGCCAAGGCACAAGAGAACAGCAACUCUGUAAAGAAGAAGACAAAGUUUGUCAAUUUAUACACAAGAGAGGGACAGGACAGGCUUGCAGUCCUGCUCCCUGGUCGCCACCCUUGUGACUGUCUGGGCCAGAAGCACAAGCUCAUCAAUAACUGUCUCAUCUGUGGGCGUAUUGUCUGUGAACAAGAAGGUUCUGGCCCCUGCUUAUUCUGUGGCACUCUGGUAUGUACUCAUGAAGAACAAGAUAUUUUACAGCGUGACUCAAACAAAAGCCAGAAACUGCUAAAGAAGCUCAUGUCAGGUAGACAGCAGCCUUCUAUUUGGAUCACUAUGAUUGAAACUGUUUCCUGUUUAUCUGUCCUUAUUUAUCAACAAGUGACCCAAUCACCAUGUGUUAUUUUUUUCCUUAGCAUUCGAAGGACCCAAGUCAUUGAUGAUGAGUCAGAUUACUUUGCCAGCGAUUCUAACCAGUGGUUAUCUAAACUAGAGCGGGAAACCCUCAAGAAGCGAGAAGAGGAGCUGAGGGAACUUCGACAUGCCUCUCGGCUCUCUAAGAAAGUCACCAUUGACUUUGCAGGCAGGAGGAUCCUGAAAGAAGAAAGUCCACUAGCAGAGUAUCAUAGCAGGCUAGAUGAGACAAUACAGGCCAUUGCCAAUGGAACCUUGAACCAGCCACUGACCAAAUUGGAUAGAGCUUCUGAAGAUCCUUUGGGAGUUCUGGUAAAUCCCAGUCUGUACCAGUCCCCUCCCCAGUGGGUUGACCACACAGGUGCUGCCUCACAGAAGAAGGCUUUCCAUUCAGCAGGACUGGGACUAGAGUUCAAUUCCUUUCAGCACCAGUUGCGAAUCCAGGAUCAAGAAUUUCAAGAAGGCUUUGAUGGUGGCUGGUGCCUCUCUAUACAUCAGCCCUGGGCUUCUCUGCUUGUCAGAGGAAUUAAAAGGGUGGAGGGCAGAUCCUGGUAUACCCCCCAUAGAGGACGAUUAUGGAUAGCAGCCACAGCCAAAAGACCAUCCCCUCAGGAAGUCUCAGAACUCCAGGCUACAUAUCGUCUUCUUCGUGGGCAAGUUUUACAGUUUCCAGACAUCAGUCAAGAAUCUGAUUCUCCAUUUGUUUUCAUUUGCAAAAAUCCCCAGGAAAUGGUUGUGAAGUUUCCUCUUAAAGGAAAUCCAAAAAUCUGGAAACUGGAUUCCAAGAUCCAUCAAGGAGCAAAGAAGGGGUUAAUGAAGCAGAAUAAAGCUGUCUGACACAGGAGAAAAGGAACUAUACAGCAUAGCGAAGUUUUGUAUACUAAAUAAAAUUGCUAUCCAGUGGUCCUUUGGAAUUGAAGCAGUAGAAAUCUAAAGACUUGGCAUCAGCCUUGAAUCUCUCAGAACUUAACUCUUACAAAAAUCUGUAUAUUUUUCUUAAAGAGUGGGAUUCUUACUUUCUGUAGUGGGUCAAAAUCUUUGAAUACAUUCUUUAUAAAAACACAUUUUAAAAAUU